AACCCCAUUGGUAAGAAUAUAAAUAUAUAUUUAAAUAAUGAGCAUAUACAUACAAGCUUAGUGUAUGCCUUCCUUUUAUAUAUAUAGAUAUAUCUAUCUCUUAAAAAAUUCUGUUCUGCUUUCCCUCUUCCUCUGACAAAUAGCAUACCAAGGAGAAGAAAAGGGAAUAAAGAUGGCUGUUCAGUUGUCGUUUGCGAUUAUCUUCUUCGUGUUGAUACAAACGAACGUGUUAGCAUAUCAAUACCAAGUUGGAAAUCUUCAAUCUUGGAACAUACCAACUUCUGAAGAUCCAAAAGUUUACACAAAUUGGCCUAAAAAACUUAACUUCAGGAUUGGUGAUUCUCUUUUGUUCUUGUACCCACCAAGCCAAGAUUCAGUGAUUCAAGUGACAAAAGAAUCAUACAAUGCUUGCAAUCUCAAAGAUCCAAUCUUGUUUAUGAACAAUGGAAAUUCUUUAUUCAACAUCACUUCACCGGGUGUUUUUUACUUCACUAGUGGUGUUUCGGGUCAUUGUGGAAAAGGCCAAAAACUUCAGAUUUCUGUGCUUGCUGCAGACGGCUCGUUGCCUCUCCCUCCUGCCUCUGGUCCUAGUGGUGCAUUGGCUGACUCUGCACCUUCCUAUCCCACCGUGUUUGGCGGAAUCCCUUCAGGACCAUCAUCCUCAUCGUCGACCAUUAAAAUGUCAGUUUUGAUUUCUGCAGCCAUUGGACUUGUAAUAUAUGGUUUAGUUGGAGGCAGGAUAUAGGAAGAAAUAUUGUGGAAGUUGUGUAGAUGAGUGCAAGAUUUCAAUUUUUUUUAUCCAAAAUUUACUAUAAAGGUGUAUUCAAAGAACUUAUUUGUACUAUAAUCAACAAAGAUUUUAUGUUUUUGUA